CGCCCCCACCAUGGCCGCGUCCACCCUGUCCGUCUGCUCCAGCGACCGGAGCUACGGCAGCCGCGUCUGCCUGCCCGGCUCCUGUGACUCCUGCCCCGACUCCUGGCAGGUGGACGACUGCCCAGAGAGCUGCUGCGAGCCCCCCUGCUGUGCCCCCCCCUGCUGUGUCCCCCCCCCCUGCCUGACCCUCAUCUGCACCCCUGCGAGCUGCGGGUCCAGCCCCUGCCCGUCAGCCUGCACCAGCUCCUGCCAGCGCUCCCCCUGCCAGGAAGACUGCUGUGUGUCUGUCUGCUGCAAGCCCGUCUGCUGCACCCCUGUCUGCUGCAAGCCCGUCUGCUGCACCCCUGUCUGCUGCAAGCCCGUCUGCUGCACCCCUGUCUGCUGCAAGCCCGUCUGCUGCACCCCUGUCGGCUGCACCCCUGUCUGCUCUGGGCCCUCCCCCUGCUCGGCCUCCUCCUGCUGCCAGCCCAGCCCCUGCUCCUCGUCCUGCUGCAGACCGUCCUCCUGCGUGUCCCUGCUCUGCCGCCCCGUGUGCAGACCCGCCUGCUGCGUGCCUGCCUCCUCCUGCUGUGCCCCUGCCUCCUCCUGCCAGCCCAGCUGCUGCCGCCGGGCCUCCUGCGUGUCCCUGCUCUGCCGCCCUGUGGGCUCCCGCCAGGCAUGCUGUGUGCCCGCCUCGGCCCAGAAGUCCUGCUGCUGA